UGCCACCGCGUGUCUUUUCUUCACUUUUCACUUACAUUUACAUAAUACAUAUAUGUACAAGGGAGCUAAUCCAUCAAAAGCAAAAUCAAACACUUCCUUUUCUUAACUGCAAAAUCAAACAAUUCUUUUCCGUGUCAGGAGAUAACAGCCACCAUCAUCGCUCGCACCGUCACCGUCAGCGUUGAUUGAGAGACCAGAAAACAAGUAACUUUAGGUAACUAUAGUAUACCCCUCUCUUCUUCGUCUUUCUAUACCAGCAAGCAACUGCAUACAUAGAGCGUAAACCAAAUAAUAUUUUAUACAAAAUGACCGAUCGGAGGAUAAGCGUCCUGGCAAAACAUUUUGGAGUUGAAAUGGACUCUCAAAAUCAGAGUGCAGCGAUUUAUGCUUUGCCUACUUCCGGAAUUCAAGAAAAUUCUGUUUUCUCUCACGUUGUUCGUGCUCCCGAAGAUCCUAUUCUCGGCGUAACGGUGGCUUAUAACAAAGAUCCUAGCCCUGUUAAGCUUAAUUUGGGAGUUGGCGCUUAUAGAACUGAUGAAGGAAAGCCUCUUGUUCUGCAUGUAGUGAGGAAGGCUGAGCAGCAGCUAGUUAAUGAUAGGUCACGUGUGAAGGAAUAUCUUCCUAUUACAGGACUUUCUGAUUUCAACAAAUUAAGUGCUAAGCUCAUUUUUGGUGCUGAUAGCCCUGCCAUUCAAGAUCACAGAGUUACCACAGUUCAAUGCUUGUCCGGCACUGGCUCUUUGAGGGUUGGAGCUGAAUUCUUGGCCAGACAUUAUCACCAACGCACCAUAUACAUUCCCCAGCCAACUUGGGGAAACCACCCUAAAGUUUUCACUUUGGCUGGGUUAUCUGUAAAAACUUAUAGAUAUUAUGAUCCAGCAACACGCGGGCUCAACUUCCAAGGCUUGUUAGAAGAUCUUAAUUCUGCCCCGUCUGGAGCUAUCGUACUUCUUCAUGCAUGUGCUCAUAACCCCACAGGUGUUGAUCCAACUCUUCAACAGUGGGCUCAAAUCAGGCAGUUGUUGAGAUCAAAAGGGUUGAUGCCGUUCUUUGAUAGUGCUUACCAGGGUUUUGCAAGUGGAAGUCUGGAUGCUGAUGCGCAGCCUGUUCGCAUGUUUGUAGCUGAUGGUGGUGAGCUUCUUGUAGUUCAAAGUUAUGCAAAGAACAUGGGGCUCUAUGGAGAACGUGUCGGUGCCUUGAGCAUUGUUUGCAGGACUGCUGAUGUUGCAAGCAGAGUGGAAAGCCAGCUGAAACUUGUGAUCAGGCCCAUGUAUUCAAAUCCACCCAUUCAUGGCGCAUCAAUAGUGGCUUUUAUCCUAAAAGAUAGGAAUUUGUACAGUGAGUGGACCAUUGAGCUGAAGGCAAUGGCAGACCGUAUAAUUAGCAUGCGCCAGCAACUCUUUGAUGCAUUGCGUGCUAGAGGAACACCUGGCGACUGGAGUCACAUUAUUAAACAGAUUGGAAUGUUCACUUUCACUGGACUGAACUCUGAGCAAGUUGCCUUCAUGACUAAAGAGUACCACAUUUACAUGACAUCUGACGGGAGGAUUAGCAUGGCUGGUCUGAGCUCUAAGACGGUUCCCCAUCUUGCAGACGCAAUACAUGCAGCUGUUACUCGAGCUGUGUAGAUGCAAGCAUCGAACACUUAAUUCUUUUUCUGGCACAUCACACAGGGUCGUAAAUCCUCCCUUUUGUUUUUUCUGUUAGGGCAUAAUAAUUGUAGCCCCUAUAUGCAGAGGGCCAAAGUGAAAAGCUUCUUCCAAAUAAGUUUUCCUUGGUUAACAUUUUGUAUACCAUAAACUUUUGGCUAGGUUCCUUUUACAUGAAAUGUAUGUUUAAUUUUAAUAUUCA